GUACUAUACUGUGCACAUUACAAAACCUUAUCUACCGAUUGGAACACUUCAGCUUAUGCAGACUAAAUUUUUGCAAUCAUGAGUUUAUCGAGAUCAGACGUUUCUCAAAACAACUGGUUCUGUUCUAACACCUGCUUCCACUCUGGACACCAGCAAGUCUCCAAUCCAGUAAUUCCCUAUGUUGGACCAAUAAUAUCUGGUGGAUUAAAGCCAGGAAUGGUUCUCAAUGUGCGAGGGGUUGUUUCUGAUAAUGCCAACCAGUUUUCAAUAAAUUUCCAAACAGGCCAGAAUAAAUAUGAUGACAUUGCUUUUCACUUCAAUCCCUGGAUCGGUCAAUAUGUAUAUUUAAACAGUUUCCAAAAGGGAAACUGGAAGGUGAAGGAAUGUAUUCCUGAUGACUGUUUCACUAGGGGAGAAGCCUUCAAUAUGUUCAUUGACAUCAAUAGAGAUGGUUAUGAGGUUUAUGUGAAUAAUUUACGGCACUACAUGUUCAAGCAUCGCAUUCCUUUAAAGAAAGUUACAACACUUCGAAUUUGCGGAGAUGUUAGCAUUGAAUUUUUUGAUUUGUGUGAAAACUGGAGAAGCUCAUGCUUUACAGAGCAAGCAAUUACAAGCUCAGGGAUCUCAUUGCUGAACAUGUUCCCAAACCCAUCAGAGGUGUCACAUCAAGUCAUUCAGCCCGUACUUCCCCAUGUGGGUAAAAUCAGAGACAGGUUAAAACCAGAGAUGGCUAUAUUUUUCCAAGGAGCUCUUCCUACACAUCCCAAAGAAUUUGAGAUAAAUUUCCAAACAGGACAAUCUGAUGGUGAUGACAUCGCUUUUCACUUCAACCCCCGUAUUGGGCAAUUUGUUUACCUGAACAGCUUCAGAAAUGGAAGCUGGGAGAAGGAGGAAUGUGUCUCUGAUGAACUCUUUACCAAGGGAGCAGCCUUUUAUAUGUUUGUUAUAAUCAGCACAGAGGGCUACGAGGUUUAUGUGAAUGGCAUGCAAUACUGUAGGUUUAACCAUCGCAUUCCUCUAGAGAACAUUUCAGCAAUAAGCAUUUACGGAGAUGUUACCAUCCCCAUCUAUGGUUUCAUUGAUAACUGGAGCAAACCCUUUACUGUUAUGGACCUUUUAAAAAUCACAGGCAUGGGAAGCUCGUUCUCGAGCAUGUUACCCAUCCUGUCAGAGGCUUCACGUCCAGUCAUCCUUCCUGCACUUCCCUAUGUGGGUACAAUAAAAGGAGGGAUAAGACCAGAUAUGGCCAUUUUGUUCCAUGGGGCAGUUUCUGAACAUGGCAAAAGCUUUGAGAUAAAUCUUCUGACAGGUGACUCUGAUAAUGAUGACAUUGCUUUUCACAUCAGUCCUCAAACUGGUAAAUCUGUGGCCCUAAACAGCUUCAUUAAUGGCAGCUGGGAGACUGAGGAAUAUGCCUCGGACAAUCCCUUCACCAAGGGAGCAUCUUUUGAUUUGGUUUUUGUUAUCAACUCAGAGGGCUAUGAGGUCUAUGUCAACAGCUUGCAACACUGUACAUUCAAACACCGAAUUCCUUUGGAGAAAGUUUCAACACUUGGCAUCCGUGGAGAUGUUACCAUUAACUACUUUGAUUUUGUUGACAAUUGGAGCACAUCCUUCAUGGCUAUGAAAAUUAAUGAAGUUCCAGACAAGUUGAGCGUUUCUGGUAGCCCGGUGCACAUUCCAUCAGAAAUUUCACAUCCAGUCAUCAGUCCUGAACUUUCAUGUGCAGUUGGAAUCCCAGAAGAUUUAAAGACAGGCACAGAUGUAACUUUCCAAGUGACUCUUCCUACAGAUGACAAGGAUGCAGUGGACACCAAAAGUAUUCCCUUGACUGAAAAGCAGAGCAAAACAACCAUUGUUACAGAAAGUAAAGACACCCAAGAUGUGGCCAUCACUUCUGGGAGCCUGACAGACGUCCUAGAAGAGAUUUCACAUCCAGUCAACAGCCUUGACACCUACUGUGCACAUUUUUGCUCUUCGCAGGAACUUCCAUAUGUCGAUGCAAUCUCAGAAUGUUUAAAACCAGACAUGGAUGUAACCUCCCAAAUGACUAUUCCUACAGAUGACAAGGAUGCAGUGAACUUCAAAAGUAUUCCCCAGACGGAAAGUGAAUCAUCCAUUGUUGCAGAAAGUAAAGACACCCAAGAUGAAGCCAUCACUUCUUGGAGCCUGAUGGAUAUCCUGCCAGAGAGUUCACAUCCAGUCAGUAGCCCUGAACUCCCAUAUGUCGAUGAAAUCUCAGAAUGUUUAAAAGCAGACAUGGAUAUAGCCUCCCAAAUGACUAUUCCUACAGAUGACAAGGAUGCGGUGAACUUCGAAAGUAUUCCCCAGACGGAAUACCAGAGUGAAUCAUCCAUUGUUGCAGAAAGUAAAGACACCCAAGAUGAGGCCAUCACUUCUUGGAGCCUGAUGGAUAUCCUGCCAGAGAGUUCACAUCCAGUCAGUAGCCCUGUGAGUUACAAUGGGAAACCUAUUGCCUACUGUGCUCAUUUUUGCUCUUCACAGGAACUCCCAUAUGUCGAUGAAAUCUCAGAAUGUUUAAAAGCAGACAUGGAUGUAGCCUCCCAAAUGACUAUUCCUACAGAUGACAAGGAUGCGGUGAACUUCGAAAGUAUUCCCCAGACGGAAAGUGAAUCAUCCAUUGUUGCAGAAAGUAAAGACACCCAAGAUGAGGCCAUCACUUCUUGGAGCCUGAUGGAUGUCCUGCCAGAGAGUUCACAUCCAGUCAGCAGCCCUGUGAGUUACAAUGGAAAACCUAUUGAACUCCCAUAUGUCGAUGAAAUCUCAGAAUGUUUAAAAGCAGACAUGGAUGUAGCCUGUCAAAUGACUAUUCCUACAGAUGACAAGGAUGCGGUGAACUUCGAAAGUAUUCCCCAGACGGAAAGUGAAUCAUCCAUUGUUGCAGAAAGUAAAGACACCCAAGAUGAGGCCAUCACUUCUUGGAGCCUGAUGGAUGUCCUGCCAGAGAGUUCACAUCCAGUCAGCAGCCCUGUGAGUUACAAUGGGAAACCUAUUGAACUCCCAUAUGUCGAUGAAAUCUCAGAAUGUUUAAAAGCAGACAUGGAUGUAGCCUGUCAAAUGACUAUUCCUACAGAUGACAAGGAUGCGGUGAACUUCGAAAGUAUUCCCCAGACGGAAAGUGAAUCAUCCAUUGUUGCAGAAAGUAAAGACACCCAAGAUGAGGCCAUCACUUCUUGGAGCCUGAUGGAUGUCCUGCCAGAGAGUUCACAUCCAGUCAGCAGCCCUGUGAGUUACAAUGGAAAACCUAUUGAACUCCCACGUGUAGAUGCAAUCCCAGAAGGUUUACAGAUAGACACAGAUGUAACCUUCCAAGUGACUCUUCCUACAGAUGACAAAGAUGCAGUGAACUUCAAGAGUAUUCCUUUGACUGAAAACCAGAGCGAAUCAUCCAUUGUUACAGAAAGUAAUGACACCCAAGAUGUGUCCCUCACUUCUAGGAGCCUGACAGACGUCCCAUCAGAGAUUUCAUAUCCAGUCAGCAGCCCUGCACUUCCAUUUGUGGCCACCAUCCCAGGUGGGGUAAAGGCAGAUAUGGCUGUCCUGUUUUAUGGGACAAUUCUUGCAGAUUCAAAUGAGUUUGAAAUAAAUUUCCAGACAUCUCAGUCCUCUGAUGAUAUCGCAUUUAAUAUCAAUCCCCAGAUUGUUCGUUUUCUGGUGCUAAGCAGUCUCAGAAACGGUAGUUGGGAGACUGAAGAUUUUGCUUCAGACAAAGGAGCACCCUUCAAUAUGCUUAUUGUCAUCAAAUUAGAGGGUUAUGAGGUCUAUGUGAAUGGCCUGAAAUAUUGUAUGUUCAAGCAUCACAUUCUUUCAGAGACCAUUUCUUCACUUGGCAUUCAUGGAGAUGUUUCCAUCAACUUCAUUGGUUUUAUUGAUAACUGGAGUAGCUCUUCCAUGGUUAUGGAAAACAUUAAAAUCACAGGGAUAGAAAGAUCAUGCUGGAGACCAAUACUAAUUCCCUCAGAGGUUUCACAUCCAGUCCUUCCUUAUAUCGCAGUGAUCCCAAGAAAGAUAAGACCAGAUAUGGCUGUCUUGUUCCAAGGGACUCUUCCUGCAGAUGCCAAUGAGUUCGCAAUACAUUUCCGAAUGGGUGAGUCUGACAGUGAUGACAUUGCUUUUCACAUUAACCCCCAUCUUGGCCAAUAUGUGGCACUAAACAGCUUCAGAAAUGGUAGCUGGGAGACUGAGGAAUCUGCCUCCGACAAACCCUUCACCAAGGGAGCUGCCUUUAACAUGUUCGUCGUCAUUAAAUCAGAGGGCUUUGAGGUCUAUGUGAAUGGCUUGGAACUUUGCACAUUCAAACACCGCAUGCCUUUAGAAAACAUUUCUAUGCUUGGUAUUUGUGGAGAUGUUUCCAUCAGUUUCAUUGGUUUUAUUGAGACCUGGAGCAAAUUUUCCUUCAUCAUAGAAAAUAAUGAAAUCACAAGCAUGAGAAGCUCAGCUCAUCCUGGAGAUGUUCAUCUCAUCAGAUGAUCUAAACAUCAUCAGAAGACUAAUUCAAAAAUUAUAGUGGAAGUACAAGUUUUUAUAACUGUGCUGGUUUUUGUGUUGUAGUCCUUUUGCAUCGUUAUAUGGAAAAGCAUUUCAUUUUGCAUACAUUUUUAAUUCCAGCUAAAGUUUUAAUUAGAAAUAGAAUAGUUGUCUUUUGCAUAGAAGCAUUCAGUUAGGUACUGGAAAUAGAGCGAAGACUUUACAUUAAGGAUGUCUUAAUUAACAUUAUUUACUGCAUUAAUUAACAUAACAUUUGUUUUAUUAAUACUGAAGGUAAACAAAAUAUAAGUACACAAAUUAGUAUUGGUGAAAUUACAGCAAGGUGGUGUAGUAGUUAGCACUGUCGCCUCACAGCAAGAAGGUUCUGGGUAUUUUUUUUUUAAAUAAAAAGUUGAUUAUUUAGUUAUUUUUGGAUAAUCCUUCAUUGUUAAUGUUACUAAUGUUUAUGGUUGGCUGAUGUUAGAAUACAAUAGGAGAACAGAUAUUUUAUUGCCAUCUGCACAGUUACUGGACAGUAGAGUGUCAGAGUGCAGGCACUUACGGAUGUAUGUGCAGGGGAGAGCGGGGAGCAAACUGAAAACGAAGCCACAUCACAAGACAAGAAGUGUGGUCAGAAAGUAGGCAAGGGUCAGUUGAUCAGCAAAUAGGGCAAUAGGGGCAAGACAGGUAACGUAAACAAAGAGAGAUAGCAAGUGUCAGAAAUACUAGAGUCAGGCAGAGAAUGAAAGGCUUGGUAUGGACUGGAAAACACAGAACAACACUUUACAUUGAAGGUGUGUGUGUGAGAGAGAGGCUUAAGUAGCAUGGCUGAUGAGUUUGUGAAUAAACGACAGCUGGUUUCAAUGACAGGGGGCUCUGUGCUCUCUGGGAGUUAUAGUUCUGAGUGGCCAUGUUUGUAGUUUGGCUCGCGCUGUCGUUCUCAAGGCCUUUACUGACAUAGAGGUACGUUGAAGUUCUUGUGUGUAUCAAACAGUGUUUAGCUUUUAAGAAACAGGCAAAUAAAGGCAAUUAAAAGUGAAGGAUAUAAAAUAAACAAUAAAUACACACUAUGUAAAAAUA